CUAUAUAUUUAAUAGAGCCGAUUUCUCUUACCAAAUUAAGAAAUCAAAUCAUUUUCUAUCUUCUAACAUCUCUAUAUCAGAAAAACCACACCCGCAUUUCUUAUGCUGUAUGAAUCUGAUAUAAUGACAGAAAUUGAAACUCCUCAAUUUUUUCUUUGUCCUAUUUCGCUUCAGAUCAUGAAGGACCCUGUGACAACCGUUACAGGGAUAACAUACGACAGAGAAAGCAUCGAACAAUGGUUGCUAAAAGCGAAAGAUUGCACGUGUCCAAUCACAAAGCAACGAUUGCCACGAAGCACAGAGUUCUUAACCCCAAACCACACGCUUCGGAGGCUAAUCCAAGCGUGGUGCUCAGCAAACGAAGCCAAUGGCGUAGACCAAAUUCCAACCCCAAAAUCCCCUCUUAGCAUCGCCAACGUUGAGAAACUCGUGAAGGAUCUCGAAGUAUCUUCCCGUUUUCAAAGGGCAUUGGAGAAGUUGCACGAUCUUGCAAUAGAGAACGGGAGGAACAGAAGGUGCAUGGCUUCUGCGGGUGUAGCAGAAGCUAUGGUGCACGUGAUCACAAAGAGUUUUAUCCAAGGUAACAAAACGACCUCGUGCGUUGAAGAGGCUCUGAAAAUUCUUGGUUUGCUUUGGAGUAGUGCUAAUAAUAUGGUCGACAACGACAACAUGAAGCGCAUGGUGGGUGAGAACUUUGACUUUCUCAACUCUUUGACUUGGGUUUUGCAGCUUCAAACCAAGAACAACGUUAAGGUAAUAAACGAAGCAAUGCCAAUAUUGAAAUUGACAAUUGAAGCCAAAGAUUCAACCCCUUUAGGGAACUUGAAGCUUGAAUUCUUUAAAGUUGUUGUGAGUGUGAUGAAAAAUAGAGAACUCACUCAGCAAGCUGUUAAAUCUGCAUUGCACGUGCUUAUAGAAACCUGUCCUUUGGGGAGAAACAGAAUGAAGAUAGUUGAAGCAGGUGCAGUGGUGGAACUCAUUGAACUUGCACUUGAAAAACCAGAAAAGAAUAUGACAGAACUCAUAUUUAUUCUCUUGGCUCAUCUUUGUUCUUGUGCUGAUGGGAGAGAACAGUUUCUGCAACAUGCUGCAGGCAUUGCUGUGGUUUCAAAGAGGAUCCUUAGGGUUUCACCAACCACUGAUGAUCGAGCUCUUCAUAUAUUUUCCUUGGUUUCGAAGUUCUCGGCCUCCAAUGAGGUCGUGCAAGAGAUGCUGAGGGUUGGUGCUGUGUCAAAGCUUUGCAUGGUGUUGCAAGCAGAUUGUGCUUCCUAUUUGAAGGAAAAAGCAAGAGGGGUACUUAGGUUGCACUCAAAAACAUGGAACAAUUCUCCAUGUAUUCAAGUGUAUUUGUUAACCAGAUUCCAUAGGUGAUUGAUACUAAUAGAAGCUCCAAUUCUAUUUUUUGUUCUAAAAGAAAUUCCUGGGUUCUUUUUUCACCCUUCAUUUUUUCAGCCUUUAUUACAAUCUAUUGUCUGUAUCAAAUCAAAGUGUACAAUUUGGAGAAAGAAUUAAUUAAACUUUUCUUUGCCUGUAUGUAUGGAGAAAUUAUUAUA